AGUACUUGCACACCAUAAUGUUGAUAGUCAGUAACAUCCAAGAUAAUCAAAAAAAUCUGAUGGUUCCACCAUCAUCAUCUAAUCAACAAUUUGAAAAAAUAUAUGAAAUGCUCCCAAUAUCAACUAGCGAUGAAUUAAAUAUUUUUAAAGAAGCUUUAACAGACGACAACCUUAUAUAUGAUCAAACUGUAAAUAUGUUAUCAAAAAUUGGUGGUGAUAACUUUAAACAAGGAGUAAGGCGUAUCUUAAAAAAAAUUAUUACUGAUGAGUAUGCCAAAUCAUAUAGCUACACAGGGCACAAAGGAAACAAAAUACCUUUCAACAAAACAAUUUUGUCUUCUUUGCUUACAAAAGCAAUACAGUCUUCUUCUAAAUUUAACGAAACUUCGACCAAGGACAUUGAAGCUGCUGCAAGCAUAUGGCUUUCAAAAGCGAGCGAAAGACUCAAGAUUACCACGAAUAUUAAUAUUAAUACCUAACUAAUUAUUAGCAAUAUUUUGUU